GGUGGAUCUGUAAUGGACAGUAACUCGCCGCUGGUGGUCAUGCCGUCAAUGUGGCAAGAAGGACAAAUAAAUGGAAACAGACAACAGUAUCAACAACUAUGGCAUUUUGAUGGACUACAGCAGCCAGUGUGGGUUAGGGAAGAAGACAACAACAACUUCACUGCUGAGAACUCACUUCUAAGUUAUGACUCUUCUGCAAAUUCGGGUAAAUCUCGUUUUGAUACUACUAAGCUCACUGUUCAAUGUGUUCAUUUAUCCCUUUCGAUAUUAAUGAGUUGGUUUAGAUUCUAGAAUAUUGGUGCACGCUAGACAUUUGACAUAAUCUGCCACAUUCAUAUUUCCAAGCAGUGCAUCUUGAUACUUAACAUUAGGCAGAGUUUCAAGAGAGCAUAAAAUUGAAAUCCUUAUUUUGUGAAGACCGGCCAAACAGUGAGAUGAACCAUAUUUACCCUAAUAUUAAUCCAAUGCAACUACAAUGACCCAAAAAUGAAGAAAGAAAAAUUGGUGAAAUGAAGUAAAUUUACUGUUUUCUCCUUUCUCCAACGGUCUUCUAAAGAGGGAAAAACAGUGAAGUGAAGUGAAUUCACGCUAAUAUCAAACACCUACAACUACAAAGAUCCAAGAAAAAAGAGGAAAGCAAAACAGUGAAAUGGAAUGAAUUUACCCUUUUCUCCGUUCUCCCAAAUGCUUUCCAUUAUAAUUUCAUUUACGUUAGCAUUGUUCAUUGGCAUUGCUCUCCCCCUGCCCCCACCCGGCCUAGAAAAGGAAAACAACCACGAAUACAAUAACAAAAUGAAAAUAAGAAGCACAAACUGCCAAUUGCGAACUCUUCUCUUAUAAGAAAGCAUUUUGGAACAGUAAGUUUAAUUUCAGAUUGUUGUGAUGGCACUCAGCUCUUUUGCUCCCAAACCAGCUGAAAAUGGAGAUAUGAAGGCAUAUUGAAGCUCUGGUCGUAGCUAGCAGUGUAUAUAUUAGACAUUUUCUUAGCCAAAAGCGUGGAACUACGAGGAGGUCUCGACAUUCAACUUGGGUUUCUAUUUAACAGUCAGAUGGAAAUCCAGAUUUAUCUCAGCUUAGAAAGGAGAGAAGGCAGUAUGUAUUCUGAAAUAUAUGGUAAUACUAACUUAGAGAGUCAUUCAAUCCGAACUUGAUUUAUGAGAUGAUUGAUUGAUUUCGUAAUGUGAAAACAUGAAACAAGUCGACGCUUAUUGUAUUUAUAAUUAUAUUAGGGGGAGCGGCUUUUUUGUCGUCCUUUGCUGUUGUGUAAUACUGGCAUCUCUUCCUGAAAUGGCUGAGGAUGCUAUAAUGGUGAAGGAUAAGCUAUGAUAGUUUGUGGAGACAUCAUGCCACAUUAUGCUUGUUUUGGCUGCAAAUUUUCGGCUGUCUAUACCAUGGUCUUGAAUAAGGCUAAGCCAUAGGUCACUUCAGGAUUGUGUCGGAUCUUAGUCGUGUAUUGUCAAAAUUUGCUUGACAUAUACCUCACACAUCUAUAAUUGUGUAUGGUUGAUUUUGUAUCACGUUGGGUUUGUGUCGUGUAUAAAUCAUAUUUAGUGCAUGGAGUAUAUUAUGG